AUGUCGAAAAAGAGACAAGUGACAUUUCAAAAAAGUACUGCCGGUAAAUUCAUUCCAAGAGAUGAACCGCCAGCGGCAUCAGUAUUUCGUUCUGGAGUCAAUAACACACGAUUCAAUUCGAAAAUGGCCGAAUUACUUGCUUCAGCAUCGACAUCGAACAACGAGAAUGAACCGACACAAAGCCAUGUAAAAACAUCUGCAGAUGAUCCAAUACUCUCGCCGCCAACAGAAACGACACUUCCAGACUCGUCACGUGUUCAAUCCAAGUUGAUUCAACGACGAGUCGCGACAAUGCUCGAAUCAUUGAGAGGACGAGGAGCAAGUGGUGAAUCAGCAUCGCCACUGAAAACACCAGUGUCGAACGUUGAGCUCAAACCUCAACCGAUUACUUUCGGUCAACUACGACAAGCAACAGCCACAGCUACAUCGUCACCACUACCACCACCACCAUCACAAGUCACUCCUUCAACGGAUACAGUCGAUGAUAUUUCAGCUUCGAAAGUUCUACUUUCGCAUUCACCAAACAGACAACCGCAACGUCCCAAUGUACUAGUAUCUUCUCAAGCGGAUUUUCAUGCUGAUCUACCAUCAUCACCCAUCAAUCCAACACGAAUAUCGUAUUCAUCUUCGCUCGAGCAAUUACUAGAACACCAUAAUGUCGUACCACGAAUCAACGAAACAAACGAGAGUAAGCCAGAAGCUGAACAACGAAAAUCGUCGCUAACGGUUGACGAAAUUCUCGCUACGUAUUAUGCCAAACUAAGAAUUCCAGCUACAACUGAAUCCCACAUGCCAUCAUUAACGAUAACAUCAUCACCACCUUCAUAUUCCAGCAAUAAUUCAAAUUUGCAUCUACAACCAACAACAUUAGGUUGGACUCCAUCUCCUCCUCUUGUUCCUUCACUUGUCUUCAAUGAACAAAAUCGAAAUCGACCACCACCUCCUUCUUAUUCCUCAGCUGUGGCACCUAGCCAUCAACCACCUUCAUCAACGAACCAACUAGCUCAACAUUUAUUUCGUCUUCCUACGCCGUUCGUACCUCGUGACCAUGUUUAUUCAGUACCACAAAUCACUCAACAUUUAUCACCAGCCGCCGCAGCUGUUCGACCUGCGCUUCCACAGUAUGAAGCAGCAACAAUCACGAAUGUCGAACGUUCUCACUCAGCACUAUCAUCAAUGAAUCAGCCAAACUUUCUUCCAGCAAAUCCACCACAAGCAGGUUUUGACCCAGAAUUUUCUCGAUUGCUCUACGGAAAGGAAGAGGGUAGAAACCGACGACAGCGACAAAAACGAAAAGCAUUCAGUGAUCCGGUUAAAAAAAGCGUGGAAGAAGCUAGUCAAACUGCGGAAAAGGCUCGUCGUCGACUAACGACUAAUUUGAAUAAAACAGAUACCGUUAAAGAAGAAGAAGAAACCAGCAGUGAUUCAUAUGAAAUUGAUAAACACGAUCAAAAGCAAUUCUUACAAAAGUAUAUGCAACCGCAAUCAGAUAAACGAGAAUUAAUUAAAACACCAAUUGUACCUCCAAAUCCAAUUCUUGCGCGACGUAUUCCAUCAUUUCUGAAGACAUACUGUCAAGGGUCAUUAUCCCCAAAUUAUAUUCCUCCGCAAUGGCAUCUUUGUAGUUUAUACAAACUUCAAUCCUAUGAAGGAAUGAUGACGAAAUUAUACAAAGACGAAAAUUUGAGUCGAGUGAAAUUAUACGAAACAUAUCGUGCAUUAUUGGCAUCUGUCUUAGCAAUGAAAACCUCGUCCAAUCAAUCGAAGAAGCAUUCCGUCGAAAGACACAAUUAUGACUCUGAUAACAUCACUACAACCGCUUUGUAA